GGGCACGCCCAGCUUCAUUCACUCUUCAGACCCGAAAGGAGUUCGGCUAGGUUGGAGGUCCCUGCAACUCCCCGCGAAGGUCCUGGGCCAGAGGCGGGCAUCCAGCGAGGACCAUGCCAGUCUUGAUACCCCCUGCUGAGCGCAGCCAGGACACUCGCGUUGGGGCUCCAGCAUGGCGCGAGGCGGCCAAGGUCAUCACGCGGAAGGCGCGCCAGCUGACCGACCGCUGCGGGAGGGAGGCAGUGACCCUCUGGCAACCCGAGGACAGCGUGCGGGACCCACACGUGGCGAGCCACCUCAGCCGCGCCGCCUACAUCCUUCCUUGGCGCUUCCGCGUGGAGAUGCUCAAAGGUGGUGGCACCUUAGAGAAGCCGCCGCCGGGUGAGGGCGUCACUUUGUGGAAGAGCAAGAUGAAGCCACCAGUCUGGCACGCACGCUUACCGCUGCCCAUGCACCGCGACGCGCGGGCCCUGCAGACGGCGGAGGUGGUGCACGCACACACGCGCGGAGCGCGCCUCACCGCUGCCCGCCUGGGCCGCGCACAGCACCAGAUCAACGCGCAGCUGCAGCUCCUGCAGCGCCAGCGGGACGCUACCGACCACCGGCUCAGCGAAGUGCGCAAAGGGCUGCUCAUUAACCAGCAGAGCGUCAAGCUGCGGAACUACCGACCCAAGUCUGAGAAGAUUCCAGACAAAGCUGACAGUAUGCUUAGGUGGGAGAAGGAGGAGCUAAGGGGCAUGAAGAGGAAGAUGGAGAAAGACAUGGAAAAAUCAGAGGCCAUGCUCAAGGCCUUAGCCUCCUGCCGGGACACUCUGGUCUUCUGCUAUAAGGAGAGGCUCCAAGCUGUGGACCUAAUGAACCAGCCACUGGACAAGGUUCUGGAGCAGGCUGGCCGCCACUCAUGGGUGAACCUCUCCCGUGUGCCCACCCCACGCACUCAGGGCCAAAAGACACCACCUAUAGACCCUGUGGGUGCCUAUACCCCAGAGUGUGCCACAGCGUUGUAUGAAGCCAAGCGACUGUUGAUGGAGUCCAAGGACACCUUACAAGAAAUGGCAAAGAACGAGGAGGAUAUCCGGCAGCAACAGCAGCAGAUAAGCGAUAGUGUGUGCACCUCACUGGCGCAGAAGAUGCGCGAGACGUCAGAGCUGAAGGAAAAAAUGAACAUGGCCUUAGGACUAAUGAGGGGAACUAUCCACCGGUGCACGAAAUUCAGCCAGGAGAUGCACAUCACCGGCGGCCUCAUCAAGGGUCCUCUGUCAAAAAGUUACCUGGAGACUAGAGAGAAGCUGGACAGACCCCUGGUUCGCGUGUUUCAAAGACACGUGGGCACCCAACUCCCCGAGGCCUCGCGCCUUGCCCAGGGCACUGACAAGUUGCAGCGCCACAUCUCGCACGUGGAAAAGAACCUGAAGGAGCUGAUGGACAAGCACAAGCACCUCUCCUGGAGCCUCGAGUGCAAGAAGAUGGGCCAGAAAGCAGACUACAGCGUGGUGCGCCUGCGCCUCCGCCAACGCCACCCGCACGUGUACUAUGAGCAGGCGCAGCGCCUCGUCAGCGACUGGACCCCUCACACGCCUCCGGGCCCAGGCACCCAGUGACCCACAGUGCCCCCGCUCCACCAGCCUGCGGAAUCCAGAGCUGGCUGGACCCUGGGAGCCAUGGAGGCUGCAGGUUGCCGGCCUUCGCUCUCAGACAAACCUACCUUCCGCGCGCCUUCUAGCAAAAGUGUAAUUAAAAAUAUUUAUGGUUUAUUAGGCACCUACACAAACAAUAUCGUGCACUUUCCCACAAGGUUAGCAGGUCCAUCCUGGAAGUUAACAGAGAAUGGAUUUGGGUGCCAUUUUGGGAUUCAAAUCCCAAGUCCAUAAUUUCAAGCUAUGGGGUGCUGACCCUCUCUGGGCUGUCACUAACUAUAAAGUAGAGAGAAUUAUGGCACCCCCCUCAAAGCGUGGUCCUAAAGAUAGAGAGUUACAUGUAGGACUCACAGAAUGGUGACUGCAGAUAAAAUAUCUCCAGUGUGCCUGAGUUAUUAUCAUUCCUUUCCUCAGUUGAGGAAACUGAGACUUAACUGAGGUUAAGCAGAUGCCAGAGGUCAUGCAGCUAAUAUUAAGUAGAAGACCUGGAAUUUUAAUUCCUAACUCUAAACUCUGCACUUUACAAAGAAUUUGGCCCUCUCCUCUGUCCUCCCCUAUUAGAUGAACAUGAGUCUCCCCUUUAUCUGCCUUUAUUGACCACACACAAACACA